ACCCUCUACACGAAUCUGAUUGCAACCAUGCCUCAGAACUCCCCAAAACCUCUUCCCUUCCAAUACCAAUUUAUUGCCGGCGCAAUUGCUGGUGUCAGUGAAAUCCUGACCUUCUAUCCCCUAGGCAUGUAUGCUGACGCCUUGUUCGUGAAGACGCGCCUUCAGCUACAAUCCGGCAAGGCUGAGGCCGGAGUUGUCGGCACCUUGCGCAAUAUUGUCGUUCGGGAGGGUUUCUGGCGGUUGUACAGAGGUUUACUGCCCCCAUUACUGAUGGAGGCUCCAAAACGUGCAGUCAAAUUCGGUGCAAACGAUUUCUGGGGCAAGACAUUCUUAUCUAUCUCCGGCUCCAGCCAGAUGACACAGCCAUUAUCUGUCAUCACAGGCGCCGCUGCUGGGGCCACAGAAUCUAUUGUGGUGGUUCCGUUUGAACUUAUCAAGAUCAAGCUCCAAGACAAGUCAAGCACGUUUAAAGGGCCAGCGGAUGUCCUUGUUCAGAUCAUAAAGAAAGAAGGCAUCCUAGGGAUCUAUACUGGCAUGGAAUCUACUUUCUGGCGACAUCUCACCUGGAACGCAGGUUAUUUUGGUUCCAUUUUCCAGGUGCGGGCCAUGUUACCAAAGGCAGAGACAGGUCAAGGCAAACUGAUGAACAAUCUAAUUGCCGGCACAAUUGGAGGUUUCAUCGGGACUGCACUAAAUACUCCUUUCGAUGUGGUGAAGAGCCGCAUCCAAGGUGCCACUAAGGUUCCGGGUAUUGUCCCAAAGUACAACUGGACCAUUCCAAGUCUUUUCGUCGUCGCCAGAGAGGAAGGCUUGUCUGCUUUAUACAAAGGCUUUGUGCCCAAGGUUCUGCGAUUAGCCCCAGGUGGAGGUGUACUUCUACUCGUUGUGGAAUUCACGCUGAACGCAUUCCGACAAAUGUUAGGUCCUCCAUACAUAUAGAAACUCUGUUUGCAGCCAGAACUGUGGAUUUACCAAAUGUGACAACCUGAGGCAUGUGUGUCCCGCAACCAAGUCGUUACAUAAUACUCCCUGUUUUUCCUCCCACACGCUGAAAUCCGCCAGUUUUCACUUGGGCCACGGCGUUGCGUUUUUAUUCAUAGAAGUUCGAUAUGCGGUAGCCUCGCACGGUAUACUGAUUGCAUGUUUUG